UGUCUUGAUUUUUGCCAAUUAAUUGAAAAAGGGCCGACAGAAUGGAGGUGAAACCCAACCAGACGAUCUAUAUCAACAACCUUAAUGAGAAGAUCAAGAAGGAGGAGCUGAAGAAGUCGCUGUAUGCGAUUUUCUCGCAAUUCGGCCUCAUCCUGGACAUUGUGGCCCAGCAAACCCUGAAAAUGCGGGGCCAGGCCUUUGUGAUAUUCAAUGAAAUCGGGAGCGCUACGAGUGCCCUGCGCGCAAUGCAGGGAUUUCCAUUCUACGACAAGCCCAUGAGAAUAGCCUAUUCGAAAUCGGAUUCGGAUAUCGUGGCAAAGCUGAAGGGAACUUUCAAGGAGCGACCGAAGAAGGUCAGGCCACCAAAGCCAUCGCAAUCAGGUCCCUUGGAAAAGAAGAACAAGAAAAAGAAAUCGACCAGCGGAGUUAACUCGGGUUCGAACUCCCAGGCUGAACAACCGCCCAACCAGAUUCUAUUCGUCAUAAAUCUGCCUGAGGAAACCAACGAGAUGAUGCUGGCCAUGCUCUUUAGCCAGUUUCCCGGGUUCAAGGAGGUUCGUCUCGUCCCGAAUCGCCAUGAUAUCGCCUUUGUGGAGUUUGCCACCGAACUGCAAAGUAGUUCCGCCAAGGAUGCCUUGCAGGGAUUCAAGAUCACUCCCAAACACGCCAUAAAAAUCACUUUUGCUAAGAAGUGAGCUAAGCUUUCUUAAAUGAAAUAAAUGUAAUUAAAUUUAAUUUAAAUGUAUAUAACGAAUAUUAUUUACAAGCUAAGCAUUCUUAAAUGAAGUAAAUGUAAUUUAAU